AUGGCACAUGGCGGUGCGGUUGUCAGCGAGGCUGGCAGUCUAGUUGGAGGCAAAGGCUCUGGACUGUGGUCAACACGAGAUACAACUUGGCAGGAUGGCGGCGCACUUGUCAGCGUGGCGGUCUGUCUGGUUGGAGUCAGAGGUGGCCAUCUUGGCAAAGUGGCAGUCAAGGACCACACACAGCUGGCUUCAAGGCACAAGGUCAAGGAGAAGGCAGAAGAGAAGAGAGAGAAGAAAAGAAGAGUAUAG